CGAUGGACCGGUAGUUGGAAUCUGUUUACUGUGAUGCUGGUACUGGCACAUGAAGUGAGCGGACAGCGUAUCAAGGACGACAUGUACACACAGGUGACGGGUGCGCACUGCUUUCGUCGCCUGAAUGGAACACACGUAACGGGAUGCAGUUCCAAAAACGGUGGCUCUGUUGGAGUGCUGCAUCUGAUCGAAGGCCCUGAGGAUAUUGAUUUCCUCGUCAACAGCCAUCCGUCCCCGCCGUAUGCAGCGAUUAUUUCACCGGCGCUAUACACGCGCGAAAACAUCCUUCGGUUACGUGACCAGGCCGGACAGUAUAUUUCGGUGCUUGUGCUCAUUAACAACGUGACCGGGAUGGAUCAUUUUAGUCAAGAGUCACCGUGCCCCAACGAAUUCAGCAGUCUUCUUGUUGGACAACCCGGUGAAAAUGAUGAACGAUGUAGCGCAGCUCGACCCGAGCAAAGUUGGAAUCCAUGGGGCAGCGGAUUGCUUCAGGAAGACUUUCCCUUUCCCGUUUACUACGUUUAUGAAGCGGAGGAGAUAGACAAAUUGCGGGAUUGUUACUUCAAAUUCAACGCGCAUGAUCUCGAGAGGCAGCGUGAACGCAGUUUAUGUAGCAUUGAAGUGAAAUCGUUCAUGUCGGCAGCAGUUAGUAGUGCCAACUGUAUCCGACGAUCGAAUUUUUACAACUCAUUUAUCCCAGCGACGAAAUACUGUGAUCCACUGCAGGGCAAAAACGUGUAUGCUACACUGUUCCCUCGCCCCACACAGAGUACCACGGAGGAGGGAUGGAGAGAGCGCGAUGCCAACGAACGGAUCGUACUGGUGUCGACCCGCACAGACACUACGACCAUGUUUGACGGGAGGGGCCAAGGAGCGAUGGAUUCGGUGCUUCCGUUCACUGUGCUCAUAUCCGUGGCACACUUUUUAGCCAAAGUGCUACCAAGCAGUGCCCGCAACGUGUUGUUCGUGUUCUUCAACGGAGAAUCAUAUGAUUAUAUCGGUUCGCAACGCUUUGUGUAUGACCUGCAGACGGGUGCGUUCCCGACGCGCCUGACCCAAACGAAAUCGAUUUCAAUGGACAACAUCGAGCUGAUGAUAGAUAUCGGUACAUUGGAUGAUCUCACCAACUUGGAGAUUUACCAAGCAACCCCACAGCCGAUGGGUCUCAAAAUGUCUGCGUUGUUUGAUAAAAUCAAUCAGAAUUGCUCAUUCGGCAUCAAGACGGGUCACCCGCUACAAACCACCAACCUGCCGCCAGUGUCGGCACAGUCGUUUCUUCGCGAGAAUGCUAGCUUUCCGGCCAUCAUUAUAACAUCUCCACCUGGCAACCGAUACUAUCACUCAGUGUACGAUGGUGCGCAUAACUUACGUUAUCGCUACGGAAACCACUCGAAACGUGUCGACUUUACGCAGCUUGAAGACUUAGGGUCCAAUCUAUUCGGUCCGAAUUCGCUGCAGAUGGAAAUUCGCAACGUCUCAUCACUGAUCGCGAUGAGCAUCUACGAGCUGCUCGAAGCCCACAAGUACGAACCCCGUUAUGGCACGAACAGUGUGCUGAUCGACGAGUUCCUACACUGUUUCCUCGAGACAUCCGAUUGCCCGCUGUUCCGGGCAACUCUGCGACCGGAAACAUCGAUCGCACGGCUCACGGCACCACCCUCGCGGUACAUCAGCGUACACAACAGUAUCACAGCCGAUAUGACGAUCUGGACGUAUCAGGUGCUUGGUUUGCUUGUCGGCCAGCGGCUUGAAAAUGUCACCAAAGAUGAAUGUCUAGAUCGACACCUACCCUACCAAUGGAUGGCCGGUUACAGCGGGACGGGCGAAUGUCACUACAGUACACAAAACACUAGCCUAGCGCUGUCGCCCGCGUUCCUGAAUGAAACGUACGACUGGACGUCGUACCGUUACUCGACGUGGACCGAGUCAACCUGGUCCGAAAUGUCGGCCCGCAUCUUUCUGCGUCCCUCCCCCGCCCACGAAACUCUGACGCUUUCGAUCGGGUUCGUGGUAAUGGUGAUCUCCUUCGUGCUGGUGUUUUUGAUCAACAGCCGAUCGGAUGUGCUAUUCAACCAGGGGUCAACUUCGACGAUACCAAUCGCCGCGCAACCGACACAAUGUUGAACACAUCAAUCCCAAUCCCUCCAUGGUUCGCCGGUAUUUCCGUAUCAGGGGUGUUAACAAUCAUCUUUCCAUCUCAUGUGCACAUCAUGUCAACGUUUCGCUGUUCGAUG